AUGGAUAAGAAACGAACGUCAAAUUCAGUUGAAGAAGAAGCGGGUGUCCUAAAAUCGGGCUACGUUACAGCUGCCUUUUUGCCUUCGAAAACAAAAAAAGUAUAUUACGCAGUGUUGGGUCAUCGAGCGCUUGAGCUACAUGAAAGUGAAAAGAAAUCUCAAAGAAAGAACAGACAUCCGCGAUAUCUGAUUGAUCUUUCUACAUGUUUUAACAUUAAUCAGCAUUUUGAUGGCCGAUUGAAAUACUGCGUAGCAAUUAUGACGCCUGAUGAAACACUCGUUUUGCGAGCGGAAACAGAUGUAUUAAGUGAUGAAUGGUAUGAUAUGUUGAUGUCUGCAGUAAUACCGGCACGAGCUCUACAUCUUGGACGACCCGUUCUUGCUAAUGAAUUUUUUGAAUGUGCUUGGGAUGUAACGAUAGUUGAACACCCAAAGUUCCGGAAAUCAAUUAAAUCUUCGGAGAAAUUGGUUAAUUUGUGUACAAAAGACCCAUCAUUACUCGGACCACAUCGAUUGUGUUUUUAUCAUCAUACAAUCAUUUUAUGUAGGCGAGGUAUUGAACCAGCACCCUCGGAUGCUCUGUCACAGUCAGGCAUCCCACCGUUCAAAGCAACUGACUUCGUUGAAUUUCCUCGGCAAUACAUGGCUAGUUUUGGUUGCCAGGAGAGAUAUUUUUUUAUGGUGAUGGGUCGCUCAUCGCCGUCAGGUUCCGGUGAACUAUGGGCACUGUGUGACUGUGAAGAAGUAGCUGCCGAUGUGCACAACAAAUUAAAUAAAAUUAUCGAAGAGGAGUGCGAGAAAAAGAAAAAAAUGCCGAAUGGACCACUGCCACAUUUAACUUCCACGUAUCAUCAUCGCGACCGGCUUCAUACACACAGUGGAUUUCGAAGAACAGGAACCACAGCACCAAGAAAACUGACACCUGAUGAAUUGUCACUGAAGGAACGACGAGCCCAAUUACGUGGUUAUAAAUGGGCUGCAGAUUCAAUUCAGGAAAGAACACAGGAAGAAACUCUAUCGCCUAAUGUCCCAUCUUUUUUGUGGUUUGAUUCAACUAGCACCAGAAGCAAGUGUUUGAAGAAUUCACGUUCUGGGCAAAAUUCUUUAGUUAGAAAAAUUGAUCGAACGCGAAGUUUCGAAACGAAAGUGCGACUUCCCUCUUCAUCAACAGUUAGCCACACUGGAAAUGAGAAGAAUGGUAAAGGAUGUUUCCAAGGGGAGUUAUCAUUCGAAAGCUUGGAGUGGAAGAGUCUUUCUCGAAAUCAUUCUUCAUUUGCAUCAUCUUCAGCUGCGGAAGAAACUGAAGACAGGCAGGUUUCCUCGUUGAUUUAUUACCUGAACGGUGGCACUUUACGGACCGAUUUGGAAGAAGUAACGAAUCCUGCUAAAACAAGUGUGGAUCGACAGAUUAAAGCAACCAUCGAACGUACGCACCCGUUCAUGUCGAAACAACAGUUCAUGCCUCAUUCCGGAUCUCGUAAAGUUAUUUCGACAACGAGUGAACAUCUUGAAUGUGAUGAUCGAGCCGAUGGGACAUCAUGCUCAGUCGCUGGAAGCACGAGUACCAAUGAUGAUUUCUUGCAGACGACACCCGGCGAAAUGUCAGAGGAUGUAUCUGGAGAUAAUUUGGAAUAUGCUGUGAUGGAAAUGAAUUCAUGGUCAUCGGGAAGUGCAUCGCAUCUCGGUCUCUCAUUAGGAGAGCCACAAUUCAAUUUUGAGGAAGUACGAUCGUAUGUAUCGGACAGCAGCGAUAGUUGUUAUUCUUCAUUGGCUGCUAAUGGUGCACCGCGAGCAUAUUCUUUUGGUGCAUCACACAUUAUACAUCAGCAACCACGACGUUCAGAAAGGAAACCGAUACAUCCGGAAUAUGGUUCACUAGCACCGGAUUCUUUGCGUAGUAGUAGUACCUUACCCCAAAGCGAAGACAUACAUCAUUCAAAUAAGCCGUCACCGUCAACUUGUGCUUCUCAAGAGGAUGCUCGAAAGAGAGCUUUUUCUUUGGGCAGCAGCAAAUCGUGGUUUCAAAAGCCGUUUCGAAAGCUAUCUCGUGAUUUCAUGACACGUGCUCAUCGUAUAUCGAAUACAUCCCAAAUAUCAUCAACGAGUUCAACUGGUUUGUCACUCGUACAUUCGCCAAAAUCUUCUUUUUUGUCCGCAGCACCUCAAACUGAUCAAUGUCCAAUGUCUCGCGUUCGAUCAGGAAGUAUAGGAUCAGGACUUUCAACUCCAUAUUCCAAACGUCAUGUGAAUAACGAUCCUACAGGCGAUCAUGUCCCGGUGGAUUUCGGUGGUGGUGGCUUAUCACUCGGCAAAUCAGCAAGUGGUUCAUUACAUAGUGGCGACAGUCCUUCAAGAUCACGAACUUCGUCGUUUGGUUGUGGACAACGAUGUUAUGGCUUACGUGAUACAAGUGAUAUUAUUCUGCAUUCUACAGAUGCAGAAACAGAAUAUACUUCAGCGCUUCCGUCACGACGUGCAUAUGAACGAUGUAGAGAACAGCAAACGAUAAGGAAUGUAAGGUUGAGUUAUGAAAAAGCUUUGAGAAGUGGUGAUAUUCAACUUAGAUAUAAUAAUUUUCUUGAUGGCAAUAUUCAAUCAAUUUCUGUCAAUAGUUCAGUAUGUGUACCAAAUGAAUUUGAUGAAGCAGACGAUUAUGUUGUUAGAGAUCCAGCAGAUGCGUCAGAUUUUCAUAUCAGUUCACCACGCGUUAGUCAUGAAGGACAACUAUGUACCAAUAGUUAUUCGGAUUCUCGUAGUUCACAAAUUUUCGAAACGAUACAAGAAAGCUUAUCAGGAAGAUCUUCUCCUGCAAAAGACACCGAUUCAGUUGGAAGUUACGAAGAGCGAGAAGUUUGUGAUAAAACGGGAAGAAAAUCCGAAAACGGUAAAUCAAUCGAAAAGAAAGUUUGUAAGGAAAACAGUGGUCAUGGUAACAGUGAACGGGAACAGAAAAAGAUAUUAAGUUCUGAUCCUGAUGUAGAAUUUGUUCCUGUGGAUGAAGAAUAA